UCGCUCUCUUUUCUUUUGCCGACUCCCUCCUCCCGCCGUUCUUCUGCAACGUCGCAGGCGCUUCGGCACGCAGUCAACCGUCAGAGUACCGAUAGAAAGUAUCACUGCCGAGCGUCUCAGGACCUCGAGUUCCUUUCUUCCUUCUUUUUGGGACCAGGCUCCUUUGAGGUCAGCCGCUGGCUGCUGCAGGAGUGCUUGGUUUCGUUUUUUUCUUCUUUUCUUUCUGUCUAUGCGGCUCUUCUCAGCUCUCGCACGCAGGAUUAAGAGCAAAAAAAAAAGAUCACCCAACAACCCCUCUUGGUAUUUAAUACAGACGACCGCGCGCACCGCACCGCUUCCCGAGACAACCUUUUAAUUUAUACUCGCCCAUCCCGCAACCACCACGAGGCACGCCGGUACCCCGAGGUCCGCAGCCUGGGUACACCCGGAUCGGCCAUCUUUCUUGGAUUGGUUUGGUUCCAUGCCGGAGCAUUGAUCGAUCUGGAGUGUCACAGCGAAACAAGUAGAGUGUCUUGUCACGGCCCCAACAGCCUACACCCUCCGCCAAUUUCUCGAACAGCCUUCCCACGCUGUUUCAUAUGCUGCCCACCGCAGCUCGGCCCUAACCCGACCCGCUUCGACCCUCCCUCACCCGCCUGUCACCAACACUCCCCUGCCCUUCCCGUCCUGAACUCCCUCAGAGAGCCCAGUGUGUGCCUUGACUCCCGGACACGACACUCCUUAUCCGCCACAACCUCGCCCUCACGCCCAUCUCUCUUCGUCGAGCUGCCGGCACAAGAGGUUACCGACCAUGUCAAACCCUCAUCUAGCCAGCAACCGGAUGAGCACACCCGAGGCCUCCAGCACUCAUAGCGCCAGCAACAGGAUGUCUACCCCCGAGGCAUCCAACAUCUCUUCGCUGCGCCCUCCCUCGGCGCGCGCCGUCGGCACUGCCUCGCACCUUCGCGCCUCAGCCGACGUCGCCGCCCUGACGGGUUCGUCGGCCGUCCGCGCCGGCAAUGUCCGCCCCUCGUCCGACUUCUACGCUGGAGCGGGCACCGAGAUCGAUCCUCAAGACAAGAUCGCCCAGCAGUGGAUCGCCGACAUCGACCAGUAUGAGACCACGCUCGAAGAGAUGGCUGCGGCAACAUUGGACCAAGACUUCAAGGAUGAGCUGAGCGCCAUAGAACAGUGGUUCCGUGUCCUUAGCGAGGCUGAGCGGACCGCUGCUCUCUACGCACUGCUGCAGCAGACCACCCAGGUUCAGAUUCGCUUCUUCAUCCAGGUUCUGCAGCAGAUGGGCAAGAACCACCCCAUGUCUGGCGUUCUCUCUCCGGCAAGCUUCGACAAGGAUCCCAUGUCGAACCGCCUUAGUGAUGCCAUGAACAAGUUGAAUGUUGGCGGCGACUCUGCCCGGAACUCGAUGGCGCGGGCUCCCGCCUCGCAGGCUGCUAAGCGCCAGUCGGGCCUCGAUGCCUCGACUGUUAACGCCAUGUUCCCAGAUGCCGCUGCUGCCAUCGCUGCUGAGAAGGCUAAGUUCACUCAGCAGACAGGCAACCAGCCGCCCUCGAACCGCAACAGCACCGUGGACAACCGCAGCUCGCUCGUCGCGAACGCUGCCGAGACUGGUGAGGCCGGUACCCCGGGCCAGAACCCCGCGUCCCCCUGGGGCAGCGAUCCGUCUCGCGCCAAGCCGGCCGCUGCCGGCCAGACCCCCAUGGGUCAGUUUGUGCAGCCACCACCUUCCAUUGGGGCUACGCUGCGGUCCCCGCGCCCUGGUCCGCUCACGGGCAACUCGAUCCAGAACACGACCCUCACGGCCGGUGACAAGUCGGCUGCCGAACUGGGAGUUGCCUCUCCGUUUGGUGGCCCCAGCGGCGGCAACUGGGCUUCCAUGGUCAACACCCCCAUGAACCCCAACUUCCCUCAGGGUCAGGGUGGAGUAGGCCAGGCCGACAUGCUUGCCAACGCUACUGCCAUGAAGCUUGCCGCCAUGUCUACCGUGAACAACCGCUUCGCGCUCGACGAUGUCCGGAAGUACCGCCGCGCCCGCUCCAACGACGCCCCCGGCAAUGGGCAGGGCGGCCUCUCUCCUGGCAUGCAGGUUCCUGGUGCCAACGUCGUUAUGAUCGAUGAGCACGGCAGGGUCUUGAACCGCGACCAGAUCCUGGCCAUGCAGGGCCAGCAGAACAUGUCGUUCAGCAACCGGUCCCGCCCCAACUCUCCUGGCAUUGCGCUCCAGCAAGCUGGCUUUGGAGGCAUGGCUUUCUCGCCCUCGAACAAUGGCUUCCUUCUCAACCCCAUGAGCGGCGGUCUUACUCCUCUCCCUCUCGGCCACAUGGGUAUUAUGCCUCCUGAGGGCUACCUCUCGGAUCACUCCGAGAUGACUCGUGGUCGCUCGCCGCGCGGUCGCCGGGGUAGCUCCAAGCCCCCAGAAGACCCUACCGACCCCACCCUUCUCCAGGACAUCCCGGCCUGGCUGCGGAGUCUGCGCCUGCACAAGUACACGGAUAAUCUCAAGGACAUGAAGUGGGUCGAUCUCAUUGAGCUUGACGACAAGCAACUGGAGGACCGCGGUGUCAAUGCUCUUGGGGCCCGGCGGAAGAUGCUCAAGGUGUUCGAGCAAGUCAAGGAGGCCAAGACAGAGGGCCGCCUGGCUACUUAAGCUUGCUAUCGUCUUUGCGUGUACUCGUUAUACUCUUUAUUUACCCCUUUUCAAUAUAUCAUAGACAGCACAGCGAUUUACUCUUCCACCCCAUUACUAUUCGUAUUCUAUCUUCUCUUCUGGCAUCCGCACUCUCAUACAGACGAUGGCAUUAACACACGGCGUCCCUCGAGGUCGUUCGGUCAUCUCACCUCUUUGCCGAGCAUGGGGGUCCCUAGCAUGACCUUGUAUACCCUUCCAAAAAUUCUUGGCUUCACCACCUCAUCGUCGUUUGGUCGAGGUGGCUGCAACUUUGGGGAGCCACUCACCUUUUCGAUUAUAUGCGAAUGCGGGGGUCGCGACUGGAAACUUUGCCGGCGCAGAGACGUCUCGCGUCCUUCUCGCACUUACCCAGGCGUCCUUCACACAUUUUGUGCGCUCGUCGAAGACUCGUCUUGUCACUUUUGUGCUGGAAAGAAGGAAGUUGGUUUCGGAUCUCUGGGACGCAUCACGAUCGGGGAAUGGCGUGGGCGGGAAAGAGCGGAAAAACAAGGGGGGAAAUGGUGCCAUCUAUUGGUGAUCUUGGGUGCUUAUUCCUGUUCCCUGUGAGGAAAGGAAGCGAAAAUAGCGGACUCGGCGGCAAACGAAUAUUAUACGGUGGAUGGAGUCGAUGAUGAUGGCAUGGACGGAAAACGUUUCUCUUUGGCUUAGGUUCAUUUUCUUGGUCACCUACCCUAGCGUGUAUCUGGCGAUAGCUUCCAUGUUGCUCCCGAGUUCGCAUGGCUGAAAUCUAGAACCUCUUUUUGUCUAUGGAACUCGAG